UUUACGAAGCCAAGCCUCUUCUCACCAAAACCAAACGUUGAGUUCAUCAAUUCAAGUCAUUAGGGUUUUUCAAAUCCCCAAAUUGAUCGUUGUUGUUAUUGCUUUCUACAAUGGGUUCAGAAAUUCCACAAGAUGGAUUGAAGAAAUUGGAGUAUCUUUCUCUUGUAUCUAAGGUAUGUACUGAGUUAGAAUCUCACACCGGCACCGGCGACAAGGUUCUCGCCGAGUUCAUUACCGACUUAGGUCACUCAUCUGAGUCUGUUGAAGAAUUCGACGCUAAAUUGAAAGAGAACGGUGCGGAAAUGCCGGAUUAUUUCGUCAGAACUCUACUCACUAUAAUCCACGCUAUUCUUCCUCCAAAACCUAAGAAGGAGAAAGAGAUUCAGAAUGAGAAGAGUUCUAAUUCGAAGACGAAGUUCAAGGCUUUGGCUAUUUCAGAUGACAGGGAUCGUGCUAAGGAGCUUCGGGAAGAGAUUGAAAUUGAAGCUAGAGAGAAACAGAAGCAAAAGGAACCACCAAUUGACAGGUAUGAAGAUGAUGAUGGUUAUAGAGAUAGAGAUAGAAGAGAUAGGCAUAGAGACAGAGAUAGAGAUAGGUAUGAUAGAGAUGAUAAAAGGGAUUAUAGAAGAGGGAAUGAUAGAGACAGAGAUAGGCGUGAAAGAGAUGAUAGAAGGGGGAAUAAUGAUAGAGAUAGGGAUCGGGAUCGAUAUGAGAGGCGAAGGAGAGAUGAGCAUGAAGAGUAUGGAAAUGAAAAGGAGGAGAAUGGUGAUGAGAAAGGGAGGAGAGAAAGAGAUUCGAGGCGUGGUAGUACUGGUGAACCGGAGUUGUAUAUGGUUUAUAAAGGAAGAAUUUCCAGGGUGAUGGAUACUGGGUGUUUUGUUCAGUUGGAUGAGUUUAGAGGGAAGGAGGGUUUGGUUCAUGUUUCUCAGAUGGCCACUAGGAAGAUUGUUAAUGCUAAAGAGGUUGUUAAAAGGGAUCAACAGGUUUAUGUGAAGGUGAUUUCAGUUUCUGGUUCGAAGUUGAGUCUUUCCAUGAGGGAUGUUGAUCAGCAUAGUGGGAAGGAUCUUCUUCCGUUGAAGAAGAGCUCGGAGGAGGAAGCUUUUCGGACGAAUCCACAAGAUUCAAAAGAUGGGCCGGUGACUAGAACAGGGCUUUCUGGGAUUAGGAUUGUGGAGGAGGAUGAUGUUGGUUCUUCUCGCAGGCCGUUGAAGAGAAUGAGCUCUCCUGAGAGGUGGGAAGCGAAACAGUUGAUUGCUUCGGGGGUUUUGAGUGUUUCGGAGUAUCCAACUUAUGAUGAUGAAGGAGAUGGAGUGAUGUACCAAGAAGAAGGUGCUGAGGAAGAGCUUGAGAUUGAGAUGAAUGAGGAUGAACCGGCCUUCUUGCAAGGGCAGAGCAGAUACUCGAUGGAUAUGUCUCCUGUUAAGAUCUUUAAGAAUCCAGAAGGUUCUCUGGGUCGUGCGGCUGCACUCCAGUCUGCGCUUAUAAAGGAGCGCAGGGAAGUAAGAGAACAGCAGCAGCGUACCAUGCUUGAUUCAAUUCCAAAGGAUCUCAAUCGUCCUUGGGAAGAUCCUAUGCCAGAGUCAGGUGAAAGGCAUCUUGCUCAGGAGUUGAGGGGGGUUGGUUUGUCGGCCUAUGAUAUGCCAGAAUGGAAGAAGGAUGCCUAUGGGAAAACCAUUACUUUUGGGCAAAGGUCAAAGCUUUCUAUUCAGGAACAGAGGCAGAGUUUGCCAAUUUACAAGUUAAAGAAAGAAUUGAUCCAGGCUGUCCAUGAUAAUCAGGUCUUGGUUGUGAUUGGUGAAACUGGUUCGGGUAAGACUACUCAGGUCACACAAUAUCUUGCUGAAGCGGGUUACACCACAAGAGGUAAAAUUGGAUGUACUCAACCCCGUAGGGUGGCUGCAAUGUCAGUUGCAAAGAGAGUUGCAGAAGAGUUUGGGUGUAGAUUAGGAGAGGAAGUUGGUUAUGCUAUUCGGUUUGAGGAUUGCACUGGACCUGACACUGUAAUCAAGUACAUGACUGAUGGUAUGCUUCUUAGAGAAAUAUUGGUAGAUGAGAAUCUGUCACAGUAUUCUGUUAUAAUGCUUGAUGAAGCCCAUGAGAGAACAAUUCAUACAGAUGUUCUUUUCGGACUGCUGAAGCAGCUGGUGAAGCGGAGGCCUGAGUUGCGAUUGAUUGUCACAUCUGCUACUCUUGAUGCUGAAAAGUUUUCAGGAUAUUUCUUUAACUGUAACAUUUUCACAAUUCCUGGGAGAACUUUUCCUGUGGAGAUACUUUAUACUAAACAGCCAGAAAGUGAUUACUUGGAUGCUUCUUUGAUCACUGUCCUACAGAUCCACUUGACAGAACCUGAAGGAGACAUUCUUCUCUUCUUAACUGGUCAGGAGGAGAUUGAUUUUGCUUGCCAGUCUCUCUAUGAGAGAAUGAAAGGAUUAGGUAAGAAUGUCCCGGAGCUGAUCAUUUUACCUGUUUAUAGUGCUCUUCCCAGUGAAAUGCAAUCUAGGAUAUUCGAUCCUGCUCCUCCUGGGAAAAGGAAAGUGGUUGUGGCUACAAACAUUGCCGAGGCUUCUUUGACUAUUGAUGGGAUAUUUUAUGUUAUUGAUCCGGGGUUUGCUAAGCAAAAUGUUUAUAACCCGAAGCAAGGUCUUGAUUCCUUGGUGAUAACUCCGAUAUCACAAGCGUCUGCCAAACAAAGAGCUGGACGUGCAGGGCGUACUGGACCUGGAAAGUGUUAUCGACUCUAUACUGAGAGUGCAUAUAGGAAUGAGAUGUCUCCUACUUCUAUUCCAGAGAUUCAAAGGAUAAAUUUGGGCAUGACUACUCUUAGCAUGAAAGCCAUGGGCAUAAAUGAUCUUCUGUCAUUUGAUUUUAUGGAUCCACCAUCACCCCAAGCACUUAUUUCCGCCAUGGAGCAGCUUUACAGUCUUGGAGCAUUGGAUGAAGAGGGUCUUCUAACCAAACUGGGGAGGAAAAUGGCCGAGUUUCCUUUGGAUCCGCCACUAUCCAAGAUGUUGCUUGCCAGUGUAGACCUUGGAUGCAGUGAUGAGAUUUUGACGAUAAUUGCCAUGAUCCAGACUGGCAACAUUUUUUACAGGCCUAGGGAGAAACAAGCCCAAGCAGAUCAGAAAAGGGCAAGGUUUUUCCAGCCAGAGGGUGACCAUCUCACACUACUUGCUGUUUAUGAAUCCUGGAAAAAUAAAAACUUUUCUGGACCCUGGUGUUUUGAGAAUUUUGUUCAAUCUCGGUCCUUGAGAAGAGCACAGGAUGUAAGGAAACAGCUUCUCACCAUCAUGGAUAAGUACAAAUUGGAUGUUGUGAGUGCUGGAAAAAACUUCACCAAGAUUAGGAAGGCUAUCACUGCAGGGUUCUUUUUUCAUGCAGCUAGAAAGGACCCACAGGAAGGUUACAGAACACUAGUUGAGAAUCAGCCUGUAUAUAUUCAUCCAAGCUCAGCUUUGUUCCAGAGGCAGCCAGACUGGGUCAUAUACCAUGAGCUUGUAAUGACAACUAAGGAAUAUAUGCGUGAGGUCACAGUCAUAGACCCCAAGUGGCUUGUUGAAUUGGCUCCAAGAUUCUUUAAAGUGGCAGAUCCUACAAAGAUGAGCAAACGGAAGCGGCAAGAGCGUAUUGAACCACUUUAUGAUAGAUACCAUGAGCCAAAUUCAUGGCGUUUGAGUAAACGCCGUGCAUGAUAUGCUUUCUCAGUUUCUCUUAAUACGAGGUUGUGGAUACAAUUUAUGUUGGAUUUAGUUUUAAAUGGGGUUUGUAACUUUGUCUUAUGCGUCUAAAUCAACUAUGGUGUAUCUUUGCUUUGAAUUUCCACCGACACAAGCAGUUGAUGACAUCCCCUCACCUUCCCCUGUUCAUAUUCUUGUUCCAAAUCCUUGCAAUCUGUUGAAGUAAUCUUUGAUGCUGUUGAUAGCAAUUCAUUUGAAAUAGUUUGGAAGAAGCUGAAGUUGCAAAAAUGACAUUUACACACAUGGCAACAUAUGUGCUCUCACUCUGUUCAGUGUUCAUGAUAGAGGGUAGGCUGUAGGCAGAUCAGCUAGAAGAAAUCUCAUCACUCUUGUAAAUCACAAUUUGAAAUCUUUUUCACUAGCAAAAAUUGAAGGAAGGUUAAACUACUGGCUAAAGCUUAAAGCCAAAAAUCUUUCUCAUCACUCUGUUUUUUUCCUCUUUGUCCACUUCGUGAGUGCUCCACAACAAACAUAUUUGUGGGGCUGAUGGUAAGCAAUGAUGCUAUGAUGAGCAAUGAUGCUUGAAAAAGUGAAGUAGUUUGCAACAAAGGAAGCAUCUCCUUUUCACCGGUGCAAGAAGGAAAUCAGUGUGUGGUAUUUUUUUAUAAAAAAAAAAAAAGUGAGGAUACGUGGCACUCUCUGAUCCAUAAUAUUAAUCCAAUGUUUUGAAAUGAGUAAAAGUCACCGUCGUGACUUUGGCGCCACAAAGUCACACAAUCCCCUGAUCCAAUGUGCAUCUAUUGUAUGUCAUGGUGAUUUGUUAAAAGGACAACUUAAAGAUUUUUCAAGAGAUUUUACACUUCUAACUGUUACUGCUGUAUAAUAAAUCCUUCACAUUUAGGGAGGAUAACGACAUUUUCAUGAUUUUAAGUUGUGAAGGAAAACAUUCAAUCUAUUUGAUUGUUUAGAUUUAGAACAACUACAAAAGAGGGUUUUAGGAAAGACCUGAAGGAGGGGACAGCUGAAAUAUCGAAGUACAUCUUUAUUAUAUGGUAUGCUAUAUAGAGGUCUUGCGCAUUCCAUAUCUAUCCUUCAAUGUGUCUCAGCUAAGCCAUGCUAUACUAUCUUAAACCCAGGCCAAGCUUCUUAGGUGCAGCUCCCCAAUAUACUUUAUCUUGACCCCUGUAGCAUUGGGAUUUUUUAAAAAUUUGAUUCAAGUCAAUGGCUUCAAAUUCAAAUCCCACUUACUUCCAAAAGCCAUGGAUAUAAAGAAAAUUUUCCGACUUCUUGAAAUUCAGAAAUUAAAAGUAUUUGAUGGACAUGAAAAAUGACAAGAUUUUUCUUUCUUUUUUAAAAGCAAGUAGCUUUUGUAUUAACCUUCAA